CCCAGCCACCUUAGCCCGCCAGCAGCGGCUCUCCGCGAGACCGAGUAGCGUCCACCAUCUCCCGCCCAGUAGACCCUUCGGGGCUCCCGAGCCGCGCUCCCUCCCGGGCGCCUCUUGUCUCCGCAGCCCCGGGCCGAGCGCGCCGUCCGAGUUCCCGGGGCUCCGGCUGAGACGCGACGGAGGGCGGGGGGGGGGCGCCCCUCCUCGCCCACGUGACUGGAGCGCGCCCCCUCCCCGCGCCGGCAUCCGAGGCGCGCGCCCGUCCCCCGCAGCCCAUGGCCCGCCGCUGCCGCCUCCCCCGCGCAUCGCCCUCGCCGGCCCCGCCAGCCGCCCCGGCCGAGAAGUGACCGAGCGGGCGCGCCGCCGCCGCCGCCGCCGCAGAGCCUCGCCUGACGCGUCGCAACAGCGCAGCGGAAGGGAACGGAGCGGGCGGGCAUGGAGGCGGCGGAGAAGGAGUGCGGGGCGCUGGGCGGCCUCUUCCAGGCCAUCGUCAACGACAUGAAGAGCUCCUACCCUGUCUGGGAAGAUUUCAACUCGAAAGCCACGAAGCUCCACUCCCAGCUGCGGACCACCAUAUUGGCUGCAGUGGCUUUCCUGGAGGCCUUCCAGAGAGUGGCAGACAUGGCCACCAACACCAGAGGAGCCACAAGGGAUAUCGGAUCGGCACUGACCCGGAUGUGCAUGCGCCACCGCAGCAUCGAGACCAAGCUGAGGCACUUCACCAACGCCCUCAUGGAGAGCCUGAUCAGCCCCCUGCAGGAGAGGAUAGAGGACUGGAAGAAGACUGCCAACCAGCUCGACAAGGACCAUGCAAAAGAGUACAAACGAGCCCGCCAUGAGAUAAAGAAGAAGUCUUCUGACACACUGAAACUUCAGAAGAAAGCCCGCAAAGGCAGGGGGGACCUGCAGCCUCAGCUGGACAAUGCCCUGCAGGAUGUGAACGACCUGUACCUCCUGCUGGAGGAGACGGAGAAGCAAGCAGUCCGCAAGGCCCUGGUGGAGGAACGGGGGAGGUUCUGCACCUUCAUCGCAUUCCUGCAGCCGGUGGUGAACGGAGAGAUCACCAUGCUGGGAGAGAUCACCCACCUUCAGGGCAUCAUUGAUGACCUAGUGAUGCUGACAGCAGAUCCACAUAAACUGCCAACAGCCAGUGAGCAGGUGAUCAAAGAUCUGAAGGGUUCCGAUUACAGCUGGUCUUACCAAACCCCUCCCUCCUCCCCUAGCAGCUCAGGAUCCCGCAAAUCCAGCAUGUGCAGUGUGGCACAACCGGUAAAUGCCAACACCCGCCUGUCAAGUGUUUCAUCACACGACUCGGGCUUCAUCUCGCAGGAUGCCAUGUUUUCCAAGCCUCCUUCGCCGAUGCCCUUGGACAUCACCAGCCAGAAGUCCUCCAGCUCUGCAUCGUCCGAAGCCUCUGAAACUUGCCAAUCUGUUAGUGAAUGCAACUCCCCAACCUCGGUUAGUUCUGACUCUGCUACUGGAUUCUAUUCAAGUGGCCACAAGGAUUGGUCCAAGCUCCCCAUCUAUGAGCAGCUGGGGGCAAAUGCUCUGCAGCGCAGAAAGGAUCGUGUGGAGCUUCUCCGGGAGGCAGAACCAGGCUCGGCCUCCCUGAUUUAUCCAGGGCUUGGCUUGGAGGAUGGUCCUCGGCCUCGCCUGUCCCCUGCUUCCAUUGCUGCCAAGCAGCAUGGGGAGGAGGUGUCUCCAGCAGCCAGUGACCUGGCCAUGGUGCUGACCCAUGGCCUGAGCCUGGAGCACCAGAAGAGCAGCCGGGAUAGCCUGCAGUUCUCCAGUGGCUAUAGCACCCAGAACACCACCCCAUCCUGCUCUGAGGACACCAUUCCCUCUCAAGGUUCAGAGUAUGACUGCUAUUCAGUGAAUGGGGACAUCGAGGGAGACAACCAGAAUGAAUCAGACAAAUCCUCAACCAUCCCUCGCAACAGCAAUAUUGCUCAAAAUUAUCGGCGGAUGAUCCAGACCAAGCGACCGGCUUCAACGGCCGGCCUGCCCAUUGGCACCGCCUUGCCAACCGGGACCACGCCAGGCGUGGCUACCAUCCGUCGCACACCUUCCACCAAGCCCACAGUUCGUCGAACCGUCUCCAGCGCUGGUCCAAUUCCCAUCAGGCCCCCCAUCGUCCCCGUCAAGACCCCCACUGUGCCUGACUCGCCCAGUCACGCCAGCCCCCUCCGGAUGGGCAGCGAUGAAUGUGUCUUCUACGCCGACGAUGCCUGCUCGCCGCGUGGCCUGGACUUCACCAAACCUUCCCCCAAGAGGCUGAGCCUGCCCAAUGCCAGCUGGGGCGGCAAUGCCUUGGAGAUUUCAGUGUAUGCCGGGGCUGGGAAGCCUUCCACAGAAGAGGAGCAGCAGCUGGCCGCCAACCGCCACAGCCUUGUGGAAAAGAUUGGUGAGCUGGUGGCCAGCGCUCAUGCCCUGGGAGAUGGCCAGUUCCCUUUCCCCACGGUGUUCUCGGACCCUGGUCCUGAGGAGCAGACCCCCAACCCCCCUCCACCCGCUUCCAGCGAGCCCCCCGCUGAAGACAUGCUGGUAGCCAUCCGCCGUGGGGUGCGCCUUCGUCGAACCCUAACCAACGAUAGGUCAGCGCCACGGUUUUUGUGAUUGCUCUGCUCAGCUGUUGACCCGGACUCCUCCCAAGCGCAAGGCGCUCGGACUCAGCAAAGGACUGGAAAACGUGGUGGAGGCUGGGCAAACUGCCAAAAGGCUGCCACGCCUCCCACGGUCAGGAUCUGAGUUAAAAGGAGACUAAAUGAAAUGCCUUUAUUAAGCCACACACAAGACCCCCGCUUAUCCGGAACCAUUUUGGAGCCUGUUUCCUACCUUGUCCUCCUGUCCCUUGUACACUCUCUCUCUCUGCCCUCCACUGCAGCAAGGUGGGAAACCAGCACCUGGCUCCCCUUCCAGCUUGGAGCAGCAGCGGAGGAACCCCCACACAAAACAGAGCUUGUUUCCCUUCUGUUCGUCUCCUCCUUGCAAGUAUUGGCUCCUCCAAGGACCUUGCAAGAUGGAGGAGUCUCGAAAGCCAACCCUUCCUGAGGUGUGUGUGGACUGUGGGCUGUGCGAGGGGCGGGACCCCCUCCCUGAAGAUGGCUUUCUCUCGGGAGGGGCUCCCUUCUAGUUGAGGGGGUCUCUCCGGUGAGACUGCCUCAGGGAGGGGACUGACUCUCCUUGGAAGGGUGCCUCCUUCCUUGCCCAGCCCAGCCCUCAUGCCUGGCUUGAGCUUCACAGAGGCCUCCCUGGGGCAGGAUGGGUACGGCAAGCAGCGUGCUCUGACACACGAUUUAGAGCAUGGUUUGCAUGGAGGCACAUGGGCACAAUGACACCCCCCGAGGCUUUUCUGUGGCAGAAUGCCUAUUGAGAAAGAUGGUAGAGAUUAGGCCAGGUACAGACAUGGCAGCUGUGCCAGGUACUGCCUCAGGCGGGCGUGGGCUUCACAGGCCUUUCCCUGAAGGGGAGUGAGGGAGCUAGGGUGGGGCAUCUUGAACACAGCACUUACCCCAAGCCAUCUAAAGGCCCCGGGUCCCCUGGAUUUGGGGUGUAAAGGAGGCUGGUCUGAGAGAGCACCAGGGUAGCCGCCCAUGGGCAGGUUCCUCUUGUCUCAGACCAAUCUGGACUCUUGACCAACCGAACAAAAAGGGAGCCAGGAGAUGCUCCUUUGGCUGAUGCUUUGGGGGAAUGGUUUGAACAGAGCAAAAGCCCUCAGCUCUGUGACCACCACGACUGGUCUGGCAGAUCACCGUGACUGAUGCCUUUGGUUUGACAUGCUAGUGCUGGCUGGGCUCACAAGCUCCACGAAGCCAGUCUUGGUUGGCUUGAUUUCAGCUCCACAUGAUGUGCAAGGCCAUCUGUGGCACUCUCAGAAUCCUCUUGCACAAAGCUGAGCCACAUGGCCAGGCUCUCUUGGAAGAGCCCAAGCGAUGCUGAAGCUGCACCAGAGAGGGGGAGAACCGCCAAAACACAAAGUCCUGAAGAGGGACUUUCAGAAACGGCUCUGCUCUCCCCUUUUGGGAACCCACAGCAGUUCCACGGUGGGAUGGUUUUGACGGCCAAGGACAGAAGCGGCGAGUUGAGCCGUGGCCCUGGCUUGCUUAGCUUCGCCCCAGUGGCCUGAGCCAUUGACCUGCCUUGGAGUGAGAGCCCAGGGCCUUCAUUGCGCCUCUUCUUGGCCUCUGCCUGUGCUGGGGUUGCUUUUGUGGCAGCUGUGCCAGGGCUGUCUUGCCUCGCUCACUUCUCCACUUUGUUCAUUCUUGUCUCACCAAACUCUUCUGCACUUUCAUUCCCCAGAACGCUUUGUGUCAAAGAAGCUUGCCUCGGCAUAUAGUCCUGACCAGUUUUGUUUACAGAUGUGGAAUCUGCCUAUUUUUGUAGUUGGCAGGAAGAUUUUUAGCGGGGAUGUUGGCAAAAAUGAUGCCAACGUAGCCAUAAUGCAUUUAUUCACAGCUGGCAUGAGAUGCAGCUUUUCCAUGGUCUGGAAUGAGAUGUGAAGGCUCUUCUCCCAAAUGCUGAUAUGGUGAACUUCACUUCUCUCUGAAACUAGAAAUUAGUCUCUGUUGGCAAAAGGAAAGUGAUGGUGGGAAAGAGAAGACGGUUUUGAAAGGUUGCAGAGUGGGAGAGUAAAUGGCAUAGAGACACGGAGGCUUGAGAAAAGCUGCCUUUCCUUGGCAGGGCUAGGAAGGGAGAACUGUUGCAACACUGCUCGUUCUCCCGUUUUUAGUUGCAGAGCUUUUGAUACUGGGCUUGGCAUGUCUGGUACAGGUGGCAUCCAGAGGUCAACAUGUGGUGCACAUGUGGUACGCGAGAAUGAAGCAGAGAAAGCAAAAUUGAAAGUGAAUGUUUGCUGCUGUUGCACCAAUAAGGAUUCCAGUAUGUUCACAAUGGGAGGGAAAGUAUAUUUGGAAAACUUGAGUUAUUUCAAGCAGCACACAUCAAAUGUAAGCAUGUAGGGUAGAAGGUUUUAGGGCACUGGUUUUCCCAACCUGGUGUUGGGACUUCCAGUUUACACCUCUGGAGAACAUGAAGUCCGAUCAGGCCCUGUUCUGAGGGACAAAGAGCUCAAGGGCACGAGAGGUGAUGCAGUGGGCUCACAAGGGCUGGGGGCUUCCUUGGCAAUGGAGAGGCAGCCUGUCCCCCUCCCCCCCGAAGGCCUUUGAGGGGGCAGCACGACGGCUCCAGCAUCCCAAGAGGAAGGCCUCCCUUUGUACAUAGCCGUUUCCUCCCCACCCAGUUCUACCCGUGUCUCUGUGCGCCACAUCAUUGUAGGCCCCUCACUCUUCGGCUCUUGUGAUAACUCUUCGUUUUAACAUGUCAGCCCUCCUGUGGAUCCCACACCCCUCAAACACGCCUGUGUGAGAUUGCUGCUUUUUGCUUUUCCAAUUUGUUUUGUACAGUAAGAAACAAACCUUCUAAAAUGUCUUUCAGCUGAUGUAACUGUCCUGGUGCUGUUAACUUGUUCUUCCGUUCCAUCCCAUAAUUUAUUUUCCUUCUAACAGUCCAAGCUUCUCCACAUACGCCCUUUCUUCCAAUUUAGUUAUGUUGGGUUUUUUCAUUCAAAAUAGUCACCGCUACAGGUAACAAACGCACUGUGAAGAUUUCAGUAUUAAUAAAAGUUGUACUGUAAUUAAUGCAAAUAGUUCCUCUUCAUUCUGCCCUUCCUGGUUUAAAAAAAAAGUAGAGGUUUAUCAGUUUCUUGAACCCGCAAUUACCCAGCAAUACUCAUGUCUACAUUUUGCAACACGGCAGAUAUUCUUAGAUGCUGUUGUGUCUUGCCCGCUCUCACCUCAGCCGGGGUCUGCUUAUCUGCUUCCGAACGCUGAAGAAUGUCCUAGUAUGCCUCCUGGCCCCAUGCCCAGACAGGCUGAAGAGGAAGAAAUACCUCCAGCCCCCAGCUCUGGCUCCAUGUCCAGGCAAACGGAGCAACUAGACCCCUCCCCCUCCUCCACAGCAUGUGAACCUGAGGAAGGUCAAUUACCAACAGCUGCAGACUGGAGUGACCCUCGCGUCAGAAGACUUGAUAGGCGGAGGCAACAGAAGGAAGGGAGGGGCAGGCCUGGAUAAGUGCUGAGUCAUGGAGCCACACCCCAUGGCCUAUAUAAAGGAUCUGCUUUCUGGCAUUCUCUGAGUCAGGCAAAGUCUAAACAUAUCUUGCUGAAGUUACUUUCUGAUCUGCCUGCCUGCCCUAAGGACUUUGCUAGGACUUUGGCAGAGCUGCAGAGGCACGCCUGAUUCGGAUUUCCCUGACCCGGCCGUCAGCGGAGGAGUGGGACACGACAGAUGCCUUCAACCCCAAUCGAUACGAGAUGUUGGGUGAUCAUGGCUGUGCCUACAUUCAGAAUGGAAGCCUUCACUCCCAGCCUUGCAAUGAAGUUGCCAAAAGCAGUUGUGUGACACUGUCCAGUCUGGCUGGAGGGCAUAGAGUACAGUUUGUUGACACUCUGCAGCACAGAUCAUUUCCUCACCUGCUAUGCUGUUGCACUGGGUUGAAACUACCUUCCUUCCCUUUGUCUGGAAUAGUGUAUGGUUUCCUGUCUGAGCAGUGGGUCGGACUAGAAGACCUCCAAGGUCCCUUCCAACUGUUACUUGUUAAAUACCGUAUUUUUCUUGGUAUCAGACGCACUGGACUAUAAGACGCACCUAGAUUUUAGAGGCGGAAAACUACUACAGUGUAGUAAUAUAUUACUUAAUAAAACAUCAGUAUAGCAGAAUAAUUUUUACAACCACGUAUACUUAUUACAGCCGUGUAAAGUCAACAGUGGUAUAUUAAAAACCAUCAUCACUCAUUAACAAAUGAGGAGAGACUUUAAGGUUCAAGCACUCCUCUAAUUUUCUGGAAACCCCAAGAACUCAUCAUUGUCGCUGGUGUUAGAACUCAGUUGCUCACAAUCACUAAUACCACUUUCUUGAUUACCUUCAUAAAUGAUAUCAUCUUCAGUUCCAUCUAAGGCAUUGCUAAUGCCACAUUUUUUGAAGGACCGUGUAACAAUCCUUCAUUCAGUUCCAUGAUGUUUUCACCCAUUCACAAACUUGAGUGAUAGUGGGCUUCCUCAUUAGUCCAGUCAGAUGAUAAUUACCAGCAGCCAUCCAUUUGUUCCACUUCUCGCAUGUAGACUUUGAAUAGCUUGUUGAUGGAAACAUUAAGAGGUUGCAACUGGCUGGUAAGAUCCCCCAGGAAUUACAGCUAGAUGAGUAUUUAUUUAUUUAUUUAUUAGAUUUUUAUACCACCCUUCUCCCGAAGGACUCAGGGCGGUGCACAGCCAAGUAAAAACAACAUGCACAUAGACAAAAUUAAAAAAACAUAUUAAAAAACUGAUUAUAAAAUGGCCAAUUAAAAUUAAAACUAAAGUAAAACAAUCCUAAAACCCCACUUAAAAUUUCAUCAAGCUAGCCCUGCAGGGUGAAAUAAGAAAGUCUUGAGCUCGCGUUUAAAGGACUGGAGGUCGGGGAGUUGAUGCAACCCCGGAGGCAACUCAUUCCAUAGGGCUGG